AUGACGAUAUUCAACCCCCACCUGACCUCAGGCAACGAUGACAGGAUAACCUCCAGGGCCUCCAGCAUCAGCAGCCAGUCGGUCAGAAGUCAAGCAAGCUCCUUUCCGGAGAAGGCGAUAGAUUUACCAGCCGAUGGCACGCUGCCGUCGCAAGCAAGCAGCAUCUCACCGCGGGAUCCUUCGCGAGAUGACCAAUGGACCAUCCGUGACGACGACAAAUACGGCAUUGAAAUGAACGACAGGAAUCGGGAUCUUGCUAGAAUCGAGACCAAUAUGUCCAUUGCCGAAGCGCUCCCUUUCCAUCGGGAGGCUCUGUUUGUUAUGGUCAUAUCGUCUUCGCAGCUCUUCACGCAGGCGGGUCUUGGCCAGGUCAUAGCCAUUAUCCAGCCCAUUGGUGAUAGUUUCCACAUCGGUAACCCAGCGGAAUUAAGCUGGUUGAUUGCUGGAUAUAGCCUGACUAUAGGUACCUUCAUAUUGUUCUCCGGUAGGUUGGGCGAUGUCUUCGGCCACAAGACCAUGUUCCUUAUUGGCAUGGGCUGGUAUGCUAUUUGGAGCAUGGUCUGCGGGCUUGCCAUCUACUCGAAUGACGUUCUAUUCAUCUUCGCCCGCGUCCUCCAGGGAAUAGGCCCAGCUAUCGUUCUCCCCAACGGAAUGGCGCUUCUUGGUGUCGCGUAUGCCCCGGGUCGACGCAAGGAAAUGGUAUUCGCAAUUUUCGGCGCGAUGGCACCGGCUGGGUCUGUGCUUGGGUCUUUAUUUGCCAGCCUCUUUGCCCUCGCAUGGUGGCCAUGGGCUUUCUGGGCCUUUGCCAUUGUCCUUCUCCUGUUUUUGAUCUUAGGAUACUAUGCCAUCCCGACAGCCGCAAAUCGACCCCAUCACGAGAGACCAAAGGGCCUGAAAAACAUGCUGCACGAACUCGAUAUUAUAGGGACAUUACUUGGCGUAAGCGGCCUUGUCCUGGUCAACUUUGCAUGGAACCAAGCCCCUAUCGAUGGCUGGUCUGAGCCAUAUGUCUACGUUACGCUUAUUUUAGGACUCCUGUCCCUUGUCGGCUUCUGCGUAUUUGAGCUGUUGUACGCGCAAAAUCCUUUGAUCCCCAUCAAUGCCUUUACCUCUGACGUGUCGUUCGUCCUUGGUGCCAUGGCUUUUGGUUGGUCUUGCUUCGGCAUCUGGUUUUACUACUUCUGGCAAUUCCUGCUUGUCCUUCGCGAGGAGACCCCGUUGUUAGCUACAGCCAUGGUUAGCCCCUGCACCGUCUCGGGCCUAUUCGCAGCUCUAUUUGCUGGCUUCAUGUUACAUCACCUUAAAGCACCUAUAAUCAUGACCGGAGCUCUUGUUUGCUUCACGGUGGGUAUGAUCAUCCUCGCGACCUGUCCCGUCGAGCAAACCUACUGGGGCCAGCUUUUUGUCUCGACGCUGGUUAUGCCCUGGGGCAUGGACAUGAGUUUUCCAGCCGCGACUAUCAUCCUCUCCAACGCUGUACCUCGAAAGCACCAGGGCAUUGCUGCGAGCCUGGUCAUGACUAUUGUCAAUUAUAGCAUUUCUCUUGGAUUAGGUUUCGCCGGCACGGUUGAGACGCAGAUCAACAAUGGGGGGAAAACCAAGGAGGACAUCUUGAAGGGUUAUCGCGGAGGAUACUACAUAGGCAUUGGACUCGCAGCAAUGGGUGUGCUUGUUUGCCUUGUUUUCUUAGCAAAGAGUAGGAAACAACCCAAAGUCACCGAAAUUGAUGAUGAGGUUUGA